AAGGUGUGACAGUUGUGUUUUCUGUGGAUUGAAUUAUUGAUUAAAAAUAUUGUGAAAUAACUGCAAGAAAAAAAAACUCGUAAAAAGUCUAUAAAAUGAGAUAAAAUGUUUUAAAAUAUAGAAAAUGGAACAGUGCGAGUGAUUUAAAUUUGAAAAUGGAACAUCCGGGUGGGUUCGCGCCGUCGCAUUGGGCGGCCGUCCUCGGUCACGGCAUGCACGGCAUGAUGCAGCAUGAAUAUGGUCAUGCGCACGCGCAUGCUUCCAUGCCCAUGGACUUGCACGUGCCCCAACCUUUCCCCUAUUAUCGGUAUCGAGACGAAGCUCUUUGUUGGUCUGACAGAAAACCUACGGUAGAGGGCGCUAAUGCAGCUUCAGUUAAUAGCCGAUACUAUGCACAAGAGAACUGCAUUCUAGAGCUGCGAAAAGAAAAAAGUCGAGACGCCGCGCGCUCGAGACGCGGUAAAGAAAACUACGAGUUUUACGAGCUCGCGAAGAUGCUGCCUCUCCCGGCUGCCAUCACCAGUCAACUGGACAAGGCUUCCAUCAUAAGGCUGACCAUAAGCUACCUCAAGUUAAGGGACUUCUCCGGCCAUGGCGACCCGCCGUGGAGCAGAGACCCGCCGCCGACAAGUAAGGCCCUGAAAGGUGCUCAAAGCAGAAGAUCGGCGGCUGGUCUCGCCAUGGAGCUGUUCGAGCAGCAUCAGGGCACCCACAUCCUCCAGUCCCUCGAUGGAUUCGCCUUGUCAGUAGCGGCGGACGGGAGGUUCCUGUACAUAUCUGAAACUGUAUCUAUAUAUUUAGGAUUAUCACAAGUAGAAAUGACGGGGAGUAGUAUAUUCGAUUACGUGCACCAAGCGGACCAUGCAGAAAUUGCAGAACAACUAGGUCUAUCUCUGGCGGGAAGGUCUGGAGGUGCUGGGCUUAACAGCCCGGCGUCAGGCAGCGAAGAAGGCAGUCAGCAUGGCACCAAUAAUCCUGAUGUGUCUUCACAAAUGAGUUUAGCAGCCAGCGGUCAACUUUAUCGGGGGAUGGACAGAGCAUUUUGUGUCAGAAUGAAGAGCACUCUAACCAAACGUGGCUGUCACUUCAAAUCCUCUGGAUACAGGGUAGUUCUAAUGCUGUGCCGGCUCCGACCACAAUACUCCUUCUCACACAGUCGGAAGUCUCCUACAGUCCUUCUGGGAAUGGUGGCCUUAGCGAUAGCACUGCCCCCACCCUCAGUCCACGAGAUCAGAUUGGAAUCUGAUAUGUUUGUCACUAGAAUUAACUUCGACUUCAGAAUAGCCCACUGUGAACCCAGCAGGGUGUCUGAACUACUCGGAUACACAGCAGAGGAGCUGACGGGGAAGAACCUGUACGCGCUCUGCCAUGGGGAAGAUGCGAACAAACUAAGAAAAUGCCAUGUAGAUUUAAUGAACAAAGGUCAAGUGCUGACUCACUACUACAGAAUAAUGAACAAAUUGGGUGGAUAUACCUGGAUGCAGACUUGUGCGACUGUCGUCUGCUCCUCCAAGAAUGCAGAGGAACAAAACAUCAUAUGCGUCAACUAUGUCAUAAGUGGUCGAGAGUAUCCUAACACUGUGAUGGAUUGUUGUCAACUAGAAGAAAGCGUCCAAGGUGUAAAACGGGAAGAAACUGCAGGAGAUCCUGAAAACGGACCUCCUGAUACUGACAAUUCAGGAGGGCCACCUCCUCCUCCAAGACAUCAAGCAGAAAGAACUGAACCGCCAUCUAAUAACGACACUGCUUCAUCUAACCCAGUGCCAACUUCCGACGUCACCCACUUAACUCGACUAAAUGAUGCUCAACCAUUACCUCUACAUACAAAUCCCGAAAGAACUUCUCCCAUGCCUGCCAGAAGACUAAAGAAGCGAAAACAUACGGCUGAAGAGGAAGAAGAAAGAGAAGAGGAUAGACGAAAGUCUUCAUCCAAUCCUGGAGCAACCAUAUCGCCUGCCGAAAGAGAUAUGACUAAAUCUAACUUAGCUAUGCCAGAAGGCGCAACGGAUGCGACUUCAGUAAGAGACUUAGAAAACGCAAUGUCUAAACAUUUACCAGCGUUAGACGGAAAAGAAAUAUCGCAUCGACCGACAGAUUUUUCAACUGAUGCCUUGCUCAAACAACAGCAACAAAAGUCGACUAUACAAUGGAUAGGAACACAAAACCAUCAUCUGAACCAUCUAAACAGACAAAUACCCGCUAAUCACACAUCGACACCAGCAUCUGCUUUGCUUAGACAAUUAUAUGCGAAUAGAGAAAGUGUCAUUCGAAGUAACUUCUUAGGAGAUGGUAGAACAGGCGGUUACUAUUCUGGUGACGGUCAAUCGGGACCAUUGCCGACUCCCCCAGGAAGCGAGGGGUCAGGCUACGGUGAACAAUUAGGACACAAAGGUACAGAUAUUGGUUCAAUCGCUUAUGGGGGUUACGCUGAUUAUCAUUCAGCAAUGACACCACCAGGAUCUGUCUCUCCCAGGGACAAGCAACAAUAUGCACUAUCAUACGAUAACAGUGCAUAUUCUGAAGCCUUAAGACAUUCGUAUCUAGGAGAUGCGCCAUUGCCUUUGAAACCUCAGGCGUAUUCAGCUGUGCCUGGUGCAUUGGACUACGCACCAUCACUGGAUCAGUCUCAGUUCUUCCAUCCUCCUUCCUCAUUCCAUCUCUAUCACCCUCAGGCCCAUUCCGCCCACGCAACUCAUUCUCACCAAAAUGUAGAUAAGUCUGUUCCACCUAACACCAAUUGGUAUUCAGCGAGCUCAUAGCCGAAUUCAAGUUAGAUUUGUCUAAUGUUUCUAAUGUAUUCAAAUAUCGAAUUUGUAUUUGAAAGUGUUCUUGUUUCAAGCAUUGUUUUAGUUUUAUUACCAUUGUUAUGUUUAAUUUUUGAUUUAAUGUUAACGUUGACUCGCCCAUGACUUUCGAAGACUCCAGUGAUUUUUGAAGAUUUUUACUCAUUAUUUCUUGUAAAUAAAGUUUUGUUGAAAUUAAUAGUAAAUUGUAUACGGAUGACAAGACUUCAACUGUUUAAUACUCACAGCUGUAGGGACAUUGAUAACUUCAUAAAAUACUUGUGCCAAAACAAUUGUGACUGAGUUAUUGAAAUAUGAAAACUUGUUUUACGUGGUAGAGAUACCUCUAUAUAUUGUCCUUUAUAUUUUGAAGUUCACUCAAACAUUUUCAAGUUUCCCAUUUCCAAUUUAUGGUCAAACCCGAUUUGUAGAUUAUGGUGCCCGGCUCAAACAUUAAUCAGUGGGGACGUAAUAUUGAAAAAAUAUUACUUGUAACAUUUUUGUUAUUUACCUUGUUAUAUUUUAAUAUUCUUGUAUUAUUGAGUAUGUCUUAAAAAUGAGUGUAAGGAAGGGAUAUCGAAAAGGUUUCUAAAGGCAAUCAUUAACAACUUUGUAGGUCAAAAUUCUAAAAGCAAUUUGGUAUCGAGCAUGAAUUUAAAAAUCUUAAUUAAAAAAACAAGUUAAAAUGAUUUUCCAGAUUAUUAAACAUGAUACAAGGUAAAUAAUCAAUGAACUCUUCUAUUAAUCUCUUGGCUACAUAGCCUGUGGCUAUAUCUAUGUAUAGCUUAUUGCAUAUCAUUUUAAAUUAAGCUUUGUAAAUUAUUGUAACAUAGCUACCACGACUGUACUUAGCAUAUAGUCAUACUAUACUCGAUUGUACAUUUUAGCUAGUAAGCAUUGUAUGAUACUCUUGUCGAAAUAAGAUUUAAUUGUACAUACCUACUUCCUUACAUUUAAUUUUAUUUAAUUAUUUUUUUAUAUAUAAGACUUGUUUUUCAGUUAUUUAUGUACAUUCAUUUUUUUUAAGAAAUAUAUUAUUUGGUCGAAUCAAAUUAGUACAAUAAUACAGUGCUUUUAGAAUGCCAAAUCGCAACUUCAAUUUGUGUAACGAUGAAAACAAUAUAUACAGGAUAGAUAUAAAAAGAAAACCUUCAUCCUUUUGGGUCUAUUGCAAUUAAUAUUCUUCCGAAGCCAAACGAAUUAUGUAUAUACUUUCUAUUUUUUAUAGUAAAACGGUUAGUUGUUAUUACCGUUAAAUUACAUUUCUAAUAUUUAUGCUAUGUCUGUGCAAUACAAGUGAAACACAUUGUUAAUUUCGAUUUUAUAGGCUUCGUUGACGUAUCGUAAAAUUAAGAUAAUUAUCCUUAAAAAUGUAUUAAAAAUGUAAUUAUUAAUUAAUUGGGAAUAGGCUUGUAAUUCAAUUUAUCUGUUAUGUUUUCAGUGUUUCUUGACUUUGAACCUACGUGUAUUUUUUUUAUUUUAGUUGAUAAACAUGAACAAAAAAUUGAAGAAAGUUUUAUUUCUCUGAAUAAACGAUUAAGAA